AUGGCAAGCAUCAACAUUUUGGCCUGUCCAAGGCUCCAACCGAGCCAGCGGACUAAAUCGCAGCAAAGCAAUCUUGCUCGUAAGGAGAAGUCAAAUCCCUCAAUCUGGGAGCUUCCGCACACGAGGUACCAUAUCAACAAGAAUGGUAUCGUGGAAACAACAGAAUCGCCUGAUCGCCCCCGUGGUCAAGAGCUGCCAUUGCUUCUCCCCUGGGCAGCAUCUGUCCUAGGGUUUGAUCUACGCCUCCGCACUCCCCUUAUCUCGUCCCACUCGCCGCCCAUACCCCCUCCGAUUCUCAACGACGCAUUCCUCGAAGCCGCGGAGGAUAUCUUCCAUUCCAGUCAGAUGGUUUACGAUGCUCAGCAGCGAUUCCGCCAUGGUCAUGGGAAUACUCGCAAGGAAGUGUACAAUGUGCGCGUCGGCAAAAGCGGCGCGGGCGUGGGUCGGAUUCCGGACAUGGUGAUCUUUCCUGAACGGGUUGAACAAGUCAAAAAGCUUGUUGACGCCGCUGCCAGGUCUGGCACAUGCUUGAUUCCGUACGGGGGAGGUACAAAUGCGAGCCAAGCACUCAAAUGCUCCGAGGCGGAGCCUCGGAUGAUUAUCUCGGUUGAUAUGAGCCGGAUGAAUCGGAUUCGGUGGGUGGAUCGGGAGAAUCGCGUGGCGUGUAUUGAAGCCGGAGCUACUGGUUAUCAUAUCGAGAUGUCGCUUGGUCGGAUUGGACUUUGCUUAGGCCAUCAGGCUGAGGAUAUGGAAUUCUCUACUCUGGGUGGCUGGAUCGCCACGCGAGCUAGCGGCGGAAAGCAGAAUCGCUAUGGAGAUAUUGAAGACAUAACGCUGGAUGUGGAGGCCGUCACCCCGAUGGGCAUCUUGAGCUUCGCGCCCCACAUUGACCCAAGGCACUCGGCUGGUCUUGAUCCCAAGUCUUUCAUGUUUGGCUCGGAGGGGGAGCUUUGUUUGAUCACAGCAGCAAUUGUCAAGGUCCGGCCUUUUCCGGCUAAGAAGUGCUACGACUCGUUCAUAUUCCCGACCUUUGAUAAAGGGAUGAAGUUUAUAAACCAAGUCUCGAAAGAGACACUUCAGCCUGCGGGUAUCAGACUUGUCGAUAACAUGCAAGUGCAGCUAAGUGAAGCCCUCAAGCCGGUUCCGGGUCGCGCAAGCAGAUUGAAGAGGAAAGCCAAACUCCGAUACCUGGAGACAAUUAAAGGCUUCCAAUUCGACAAGAUAGCCGCAUGCGUCAUGACUUUCGAAGGAAGAAUAAUCGAUGUUCGACGGCAACGGCGCAACAUUCGUCAAAUCGCUAAGAAAUUCAAUGGGUUCGAGACUGGCCCAGAAAAUGGAAGACGGGGAUACGAAAUGACGUCUGCCAUUUCCUACAUACGGGACUGCCUCAUGGCCUACAGUGUCAUUUCCGACGCCAUCGAAGCAACCUGUGCAUGGGACAAAGCUUCCGUUUUAAGUGAAAGGGUGAAAGCUCGCGUGUUACGAGAACACCAUCGACGACGACUGCCUGGGAAACCUCUUAUUGUCUGUCGGAUUAGUCAAGUGUACCAGAAUGGAGUCUCCUUGUACUUCAGUAUGACACUCUUUCUGGCAGGGGUGGAGGACCCGGUCUCUGUGUACACGGAGUUUGAAGAGGCUGCGAGAGAAGAAAUUUUCAGUUGCGGAGGCUCAUUGUCUCCUCGCAAUGGUCUGGGCAAGCUUCGUAAAGGGUCUACCCUGUCGAGAUUCCGGAUACUACGUCAGCCUUCAAUGCGCGUGUGA